AUUAUGAAUUUUUAAUAAUACAAAAAUAAAAAAGAAAUAUUUUCUUAUUGUAGUAUACAAUAAAACCUAUCCCAAAACUCUUAGCAUUAAUCGAAUUUUUAAUGUGAUCUUCAGUAAUAACGUAAACAGAAACUAUUCUUGUGGUUUCUGUUUAUUUUAAGAGAGAGCGCGUGUUACAUUUUGAAUUAAUGGUUACUGAGUCUUUAAAGUGUAAUGGACUAUUGAGUCUUAAAGUAUGUCCCUUUCUUCUGAAAAUAUUGCUGAUAUGUUGCUUGAAUUAGAAAAGCUACAGUGCAGCCAAUUAUCUAAACUUAGAUAUGGGGAAAGUGUUUGUUACAUUUAUAAUCCUCUAGAUUAUGCAAAGGAACCACAUGAGUGUUAUGUUAGGAAUUAUUGUACUUCAACAAAAAGUGUUCUCUUCUUAGGUAUGAAUCCAGGUCCCUUUGGAAUGGCACAAAAUGGGGUACCAUUUGGUGAUUCUUUUUAUGUUAGUAAUUGGCUGAAAAUAAAAGGAAAUGUAUCAAAGCCUCCAAAAGAACAUCCUAAAAGAUUAAUACAGGGUUUAAAUUGUUCAAGAUCUGAGGUUAGUGGAAGCAGAUUUUGGUCUUUUUUAGAAGAAAUUUGUGUCAAACCUGAUAACUUUUUCAGAAACUGUUAUGUGCAUAACUAUUGCCCAUUUUCUCUGAUGACAGCAACCGCAAAAAAUAUUACUCCAUCAGAUUUGAAAGCAGAUAUAAAAAAAGGUUUGAUAAACAUAUGUGAUGAAUCAUUACAUAAAGUUAUUAUUCUUUUAAAGGUAAAUAUUAUAGUGGGAAUCGGAAAAUUUGCAGAAACGCGUGCAGCUGAAGUAGUUAAAUCAAACAAUAUUCCUAAUGUGACAGUAGUUGGAAUAAUGCAUCCUAGUCCGAUCAAUCCAGCGGCUAAUAAAGGAUGGAAGGAUAUUGCUUACAAGCAACUUGAAAAAUAUGGAAUAUUAGGUUAUCUAUUAUAGAAUUCCAUCUUUUAUUAAAACAUGAAUGCUGUGAUGAAAUAUAACUAUCUUAUGAAUUUCUAUGUGUUUUUUGCUGAUGACAAAAUAACAAAUUCAAUGCAUUCCAUCAAAUAUUAUUAGUUGUUCAGAUGGUGCGAUUAGGAGCUUCAGUUAGUUAGCAGAAUUGUGUGGAGCAGUAUGCAUAUCCUGAAAAAAUUAUAGUGAGUCUUAAAAUAAAAUGGAUGCUAUCGAUAAAUUCAUCCAAACAAAAUCAUUAAGAUGUGUGGUUCAAUUUCUUUUAACAGAAAGUCAGCCAGUUUUGCCACAUUAUUGCCAUACUGAAGAAACAAUAAGACUAGAUGUUGAAUUUCCAUUUUGUGAAACUGCGGAUUCUUUCACUGUGAAUAGCAGGUAUUUUCUUUGCCGCUAAUGAUAUCUUGACUUAAGAAUGUGCUGUAUAUACCUGAUUGUUGGAAUGUAUAUUCAAGUAUUCUAAAGAUUAUUAACAUGCAUACUUUUGAUUGCAUAGCUAAACUAAGAUACAUUGUAUGGAGAUGGUCCAUUUGAUUUCAUUUAAAAAUAUUUCAAGUAACGAGUUCAUCUACCAUAUACAUUUAUAUUACUUAUAUAUUAUUUUACAAAUAAAAUGUAAUACUUCAACAUGGGUUCAUCUAGAUAUGGCAGAGUAACUAGAUUGUUACUAUAAGGUAUUCUAAAUGCUGCAUACUUAACAUAAGGAAACAAUUUGAGUAAAUAAUGAAAUUAGUAAACAGCAUCAUUGCCCAAGAUAUUCUAUGGAAAGAGAAUCAGAAAAUUUGUGCAUCAUCCUGAGCUCGUAUGUAAAAUAAUUGUUGUUUUAUAUGUAUUAUAAUUUUUUUCACAACAACUAUUAUUAGAUAAGUUUUUAAUGUAACAUGUCAUAUAAUUUAAAUUAUUAAAAGAAACUAUUUAAUAGAGA